AUGAUCGCUGGAGGGCCGACCGGCGAUGACUCCAACCGAGCUCGGAAGUUGUACGCUCAGGGGUUAAAGAUCCAUACCGUAGGGUACAGCAAGGAGAAGGCCGAAGAGCCUCAGAUCAGCUUCGGCCCCAGCUAUCUGGAAGGGGUUGAAAUCCCUCAUGAUGAUGCUUUGAUCAUCCGAACGGUGAUCGCCAACCACACCAUUCACCGGACCUUCGUCGUCACGGGGAGUUCGGUGAACAUCAUUUUUAAGAAGGCAUUUGAUCAAUUGCAGAUUGAUCGCAAUGAGCUACUGCCCAUGGCGACCUCACUUUACGGAUUCACAGGCAAUGAGCAACUACCCAGAGCCUUUGAAAUAAGUAGCACACGACUAAGGCUCUAUGCAGAGAUUUUUGAAAAGCUGAAGGCCAACUUCCAGGAAGUGGUUAUACAUAAGAUCCCCCGAUCGGAGAACCAAGUGGUAGAUGAGCUAGCGAAGCUGGCUAGUUCGCUAUCGACGAUCGUCGUAGGUCAGCCGAUCGAGCAAGUCUCACUGGUGGCUCACAUCGAUUGUAUGGAGAGAAUCACCUUUCCGAACGACUGGAGGAUGGCCCUGAUAGAGUUCUUACAUUCAGGAACUGCACCUGCCGAUCCGGAGGAUGCUCGCUUGAUAAAGAAGAGGGUCGGCCGGUUCACGUUGAUUGACGACCAGCUCUAUAAGAAAGCCUUCUCCCGACCCCUACUCAAAUGCGUCGGACCAGAAGAUGUCGAUUACAUCCUGAAUGAGGUGCACCAAGGCUCUUGUGGAGGAGGAUGCUGCUCGAACGGUUGCAACCUGCCUGUCUUGCCAGAAGUACCACAACAUACAGCGCCGACCGAGGAGAUGAAAGCGUCCACGGUAUCAUGCUCAUUCGACCAAUGGGGCAUAGACAUCGUGGGGCUUUUCCCUAUGGCAACCGGUCAUCAAAAGUUUCUACUGGUGGCGGUGGACUACUUCUCAAAGUGGGUAGAGGUCGAGCCGCUUGCAAGAAUCACUGAGCGGAUGGUCACCAAAUUUAUUUGGCAGAACAUUAUUUGCCAAUUCGGAAUCCCGCGCCGACUAGUGUCUGACAAUGGAAGGCAGUUCGUCGGUCGGGAGCUCAAAGAAUGGUGUGAAGGCUAUGACAUCCAACAAUCCUUCACCUCGGUGGCCUACCCUCAAGGCAAUGGGCAAGCGGAAGUCGCCAAUCGAGAGAUCCUUAGAGUCUUGCACGCUCGGCUCGACCACAUGGGAGGUAGCAAGGUCGACGAGCUCCCCAGUGUGCUAUGGGCUCUCCUCACGACUCUGAAAGAGGCGACCAGCAUAACCCUAUUUCAGUUGAUAUACGACGGUGAAGCAGUUGCCCCAGUCGAGGUCGGGGUAGAAGCUGAUCGGGUGCAACACUACGACAAAAGGAAUGCUGAACGGAGGUUGAUGGAGCUCGACUUGGUGGACGAAGCAAGGGAAAAAGUAGUCAUUUGGAUAACGACCUACCGGUAG